AUGCUCGGUGUGCACGUUAGUGCUGCAGGUGGUCUUGAACAGUCCAUUUUUAACGCGAUUUCAAUUGGAUGCCGUUCAUUUGCACUUUUUGUACGAAAUCAGCGAACAUGGAAUUGUCCACCUCUUUCCGAUGCUACGGUUCAGCGUUUUAAAAAUGCUCUACAAAAAUACGAAUAUCCGGUCGAUCAGAUACUGCCACAUGCCUCGUAUCUUAUCAAUCCUGGUUCGAGUGAUCCGACAAAACUUGAAAAAUCUCGGAGUGGUAUGCUUGAUGAAUGUGAACGGUGCGAAAAACUUGGUAUUCAGUUGUAUAAUUUCCAUCCAGGUUCUGCUGUCGAGGCUAAUUCACGAAAAGAAUGCAUUCGAACGAUCGCUGCGACUAUUAAUUAUAUUAUUCAACGUACAAAAUCGAUUAUCCUUGUUAUUGAAACAAUGGCUGGUCAAGGGAAUACUAUUGGUGGGACUUUUGAAGAGUUACAUGAAAUCAUUGACCUAGUCUCUGACAAAAACCGUGUUGGUGUUUGCAUUGAUACUUGCCAUAUUUUCGCAGCAGGUUACGAUAUUCGUACUAAGGAAGCAUAUGAAAAAACAAUGAGCGAGUUCGAAAAAAUCAUUGGUUUCAAGUACCUUCGAGGUGUUCAUCUAAAUGAUUCUCGAGGUAUAUUAGGUUCGAAAUUAGAUAGACAUGAAAAUAUUGGUAAAGGCAAGUUGACGAUCAAAGCCUUUCGAUUCUUCAUGGAAGAUCCACGUUUUGACGGAAUACCACUUGUUCUAGAAACUCCUGAAUGUGACUAUGCUGAAGAAAUGAUACGCCUAUACAAUUCAGUUUCUGUAAAAUAA